AUGUGGCUCGACAAUCCCAAGACGCGGUCUCUCCCAUACAAUCCUCCGCGCAUUCACAAAUACCCCCUCAGCGCACCCGACGGUAAACUUCAGUCUAUCGUCGACUCACUAUCGACCUUGCCUAAUGGCUCGUUUUCUCCCGAUCCCUCCGGUAAACCUAUCCAUGAUCUCUACGAUGCACAAAAAUUGCCUGUGACCACCACAUCACCCGAUUCGAGCCGGUCUAUCUUAGAGAUCUUACAUACUCCGGGACAUACCUCCGAUUCUAUAUGCCUCUACUAUCCCCCCGACUGCUCCCUUUUCACGGCUGACACCGUUCUCGGACAUGGCAGCUCUGUAUUCGAGGUCCUUGGGAUAUAUAUGGCAUCCUUGCGCAAGAUCAUUGCCUUCGGUGAGAAUGGCGAGAAGUAUGGUCCCGUGUAUCCAGGACAUGGGCCAGUGGUGUCGAAUGGCUUGGGUCAGGUCACCACAUAUCUAAAGCAUCGCGUAGCGCGGGAGACACAGAUUUUGGAGGUGAUUCAGAAGCCGCCUCCUUCGAACAGGUAUUGGACGACGUGGUCCAUCGUUUCGUCCAUAUAUGCGGACUACCCAAGAGAUUUAUGGGAGGCCGCAGCGCGCAGUGUCGACAUGCACUUGCACAAGCUGGAGAGCGACGGCCUAGUUGAGGGCCAAGGAGGGGAAGGGAAACACACUGAGUGGAACUUUAUUGGAUAA